GAUAACUUGAGCAAACGAGAUAUUUAUUACAUAUUUAUAAUAACAGAGUUGUUAUAAUACCAUUUUUUAUUCAUUUAUAAACAAAUAGGAUCUUAACUGAAACAAUGAAUAUUGAUUUCAAAUUCAUUCAGCUACCGCCACCUAUUAUGUUUUAUUUAGCGCAAUGUACACAUAACCUAAGAUAAACAAUUCCGACUAAUUUCAAUUUUAAAUUGUAAUUUCUCACAUGGCCUUUAUUUUAAGAUUAAUUUUAAGUGCGUUGAUAUUUGCGAAAAUAUUCUGUCAUGAAAUAGACCCCUUAGGUUAUAUUGUAUACUGCCCCUGCAUGGGUCGUUUUGGCAACCAAGCUGAUCACUUCCUUGGCGUACUUGGCUUCGCUCGUGCUUUGAAUCGUACCUUAGUGUUACCGCCAUGGGUUGAAUAUCGUUACGGAGAGUCCCGUUCGAUUCAAGUUCCCUUCGACAACUACUUCCAAACUGCUCCUUUAUUGGACUAUCACAAAGUUAUAACAAUGGAAAAGUUCAUGACUGAUGUGGCUCCAUCGGAAUGGCCGUCAGAGAAACGAAUCUCGUUCUGUUAUAUGAGUCGAGGUGACGGAGAUAGCUGUAAUGCGAAGGAAGGUAACCCCUUUGGACCAUUUUGGGACACUUUCAAUGUAGAUUUUGUUGGCUCAGAGUUUUACGGUCCUUUGCACUAUGAUACUCAUCACCACGAUAUGGCAAAGUCAUGGAAUCAGCAGUACCCACCUGCAAUAUGGCCUGUUUUAGCGUUUACAGGUGCACCUGCCAGUUUUCCAGUGCAGCACGAGAACUUAGGAUUGCAAAGGUAUCUUGUAUGGUCUGAGCCGAUUAUGGCAAAGGUGGACGAGUUUAUCAAGAAUGUGUUACCAAAAGGCGCCUUUAUCGGGAUACAUUUGCGAAAUGGCAUCGAUUGGGUACGUGCCUGCGAGCACAUACCGCAGAGCCCCAACCUGUUCGCCGCCCCUCAAUGUUUGGGAUAUCGCAAUGAGAAAGGAAAGGCAACGAUGGAAAUGUGCUUCCCCAGUCACGAAACUAUAGUCAGACAGUUGAAGCGUGUAAUCAAGAAUUAUAAUAACGCGGAGAAUCACAAGAAGAACCCGAUAGUGUCUUUAUUUGUAGCUAGUGACAAUAAUCAUAUGAUUGACGAAUUAACUAAUGCUUUAAAACGAAUGAAUGUGUCAGUAUUUAAGUAUAAACGGAACGAUCCCCAUGUCGAUUUGGCGAUCUUAGGACAGUCUAAUUUUUUUGUUGGUAACUGCGUGUCAUCGUAUAGCGCUUUUGUCAAGCGCGAACGAGACGUUAAGGGCUAUCCCUCGGCUUUUUGGGGAUAUCCCAUUGAAAAAUCCACGCUAUCCUCGCACGACGAAUUGUGAUGUUAGGCAACACAUCAUACGCGAAAUUCUGCCGCCAGACGCUUGGGGCAUGUGAAACUGCACGUAAGUUAUUUCUGGAAAUUCCCAUUAGGUAAUUGUAAUUAGGACAAUAUUGUCUUUUAUUUAUUUAUUAAAGCGAACUUUUGUAAUUUGUGUUUGAAAUUUAU